CUGAGCAAUCUUGAUGUCUGCUCCAAAGAGGUCUUUUUGGAACUAAUUUGGGGCAGCAACGACUUACACGGCUCUGCAACUGAAUAAGAAUCACUACCAGAACAGAUAUAUAUUUAGAGAGAGAGAGAAUGGUGUCAUUGAGAAGAUUACCAGGUCUCUUCCCAACAGUGCUGUUUCUUGUAUCCACUGCAAAUAUCUUCCUUGUGUUUUAUGUGAAGAAUGUAAUACAAGAACUGAAAAAGGAAAGCCACGGAUACUUAGAGGUUCAUCCCCGAUCUCUCCGCCAAGAAAAUGCAGUAAUUGAACGGCUGGACCGUUUGGAGAUGUAUAUUCACAACAUCUCAAAUUCCAUGAAAAAGCCCUCUCAUAAUGAAAGAAUGAAACAGAAAGAAGAUGACAUAAAGCUGCCAGAGGAGUCAAAGGAUGAAAUGCACCAGGCUGAGAAAGCAAAGGAGGAAGACAAGAUGGAAAAGAAGGUUGUGCACAGAAAGCUGUUUCCAGAUUCACAUCUGUUCAAGCGCUGGGGUGCAGAUUUAACAGAAGAGCAACAAACCACAGCUCAGGAUCUAUUCACUAAAUAUGGGUAUAAUGUUUAUCUCAGUGACCGUCUGCCCCUGGAUCGGCCUAUUCCAGACACCAGAUAUCCCAGCUGUAAAGUGAAAAAAUAUCCCCACGACCUCCCGACACUUAGUGUCGUUCUCAUAUUCUUCAAUGAGGCAAUGUCGAUCAUCUUACGUGCAAUUACCAGUAUAAUUAACCGAACGCCUUCUCAUUUGCUGAAAGAAAUUGUCCUGGUAGAUGAUUACAGCUCAAAUGAGGAUCUAAAAGGCUAUUUGGAUGAACAGAUAAAAAAUUAUAAUGCAAAACAUCCUGGAUUGCUAAAAAUUGUGAGGCAUCAGAAGAGAGAAGGCCUAACACAAGCUCGGAUUUCUGGCUGGGAAGCGUCUACUGCCGAUGUUGUCGCAAUCUUGGAUGCCCAUAUUGAAGUGAAUGUUGGCUGGGCUGAACCUAUUCUGUCUCGAAUCAAGGAAGAUCGUACUGUUAUAAUAUCACCAGUAUUUGACAAUGUUCACUUUGAUGACUUUGAACUUCUUGAAUAUGCUGUGUCUGCAGAUGGAUUUGACUGGGCACUAUGGUGCCUCUAUGAACCAUUACCAAAAGAAUGGUAUGCGCUCAAAGAUGAAACGGCUCCAAUCCGGAGUCCUUCUAUUAUGGGGAUACUUGCUGCACAUAGAGUUUUUCUGGGUGAGAUUGGGGUACUGGAUGGCGGAAUGCAUAUAUACGGAGGGGAAAAUGUGGAACUUGGCCUGCGGGUUUGGCAGUGUGGGGGUCAGAUAGAAGUUUUGCCCUGUGCAAGAGUUGCUCACCUGGAAAGAGCACACAAACCCUACAUGCUGGACUUGAGCAUUGCUAUGAGACGCAACGCCCUGAGGGUGGCCGAAGUGUGGAUGGACGACUAUAAAUACAUGGUUUAUUUCGCAUGGAAUCUUCCUAUUGAGAAUCCUGGAAUAGACUAUGGAGAUGUUUCUUCCAGAAAGGAGCUAAGAAAGAAACUGAACUGUAAAAGCUUUGACUGGUACAUAAAGAACGUUUAUCCUAAUUUAAUACCUUUGACCACUGUUGUUGUCUACGGAACAAUGAAAAACACGCUGAAUGAGAACAUCUGCGUAGAUCAAGGCCCUGUCCCUGGAAACACUCCAAUAAUGUAUGACUGUCAUGCUUACUCAUCACAGCACGUGUUUUAUCUCAGCACUGAAGAAAUGUAUAUAGGAGGCCUACGAUCUCGACAGAAUGCAGUAGAUCGGUGCCUAACUGACCCUGGCACAGGAGACCUGCCAUUUAUAGAGCAAUGUAAUGAGGCUGUGAAAAAGGGACUGAACAUGCAUUGGGAUUUUAAGCAGGGAUCAUCCGUGAUGAACAAGAAAACUAAGAGAUGCCUUGAAAUUGUAAUGGACAAUCUGUCUUCGCCUUACAGACUUGUAAUGCAGAACUGCACUGGACAAAAAUGGAAUGUUCAACACACAGUUAAAGAUUGGGGCAAGAGAAGUGCUCUGAGAUAGCUUAUUUAUCUCAACCAACAGAUGACUUGGCAUUGACUCUAGGAAGCAGGGAAAUUGGGAUCACCAGGAAAACAUAUUCUUCAGAGGUUUCCAAAGAAGAGCAAGACUUCUGUUGCUAGGACAUUACACGAUAGAGAUUAUCUCAGGUAGAGACUAUAACAUUUUGGGGAGCACAUUAUUGGUAUGGAGGAAUGUAUGCUCUGAAUUAUGGGAGGAUAUGGGCACAUAAACAGGAGGGUGACGGACACAUGUACCAUAGGUAGUUAUCAUUGUGUGUAUUUAAGUUGGCAGUCAGUGAGGACAAACUGGAACCGAAGACUGGAUGAGAGAAAAUUGAUCUUGUGUAGACCACUCGAGCGGGAGCUUGAAGAUUCUGUGGUAGAAGAGAAACUAAGGAAAUGCAAACAGAGAUGUUAUAAAGCAGGAGUUCUCACACUGGGGGUUGCAAGGUUAUUAUAUGGGGGGUCGCAAGCUGUCAGCCUCCACCACAAACCCUGCUUUGCAUCCAGCAUUUAUAAUGUUAUUAAAUAUAUUUAAAAGUGUUUUUAAUGUAUAAGGGGGAGGGGGUCGCACUCAGAGGCUUGCUAUGUGAAAGGGGUCACCAGUAAAAAAGUUUGAGAACCACUGUUAUAAAGGAUGUGUUAUUCAGAGGUGACCAGGACCUACAGCUCCCAUUGACUUCACUUGGAAAGCUGGGUGUUCAGUACCUCUCAAAAUCAGAACCAAGGUUUUUUGUUUUUGUUUUUUUACAAUGUCAGCCUUGUAAAUAAGUGGCCUGAUUUUCAAAAAUGUUGAGCUCCCAUUGAAAUCAAUAAACUACUUGCACUGGCCUCUUAUUUUUGAAGAUCUUGGUUGAGAACUAUACACGAUAUCUGUACCAUGCCUUUCAUAUUCAGGGGGCCUUCAGUGGAUGAGAAAUCACCCUGCUUUCAGCUUGAUCUUUAUAUACUCAUCUAAUCUGCUAACCAGUGAUGCAAUGGAGCGGUGACUUGUUGGCUUCUGGGAGCUCCUUGUCAAAAGCCUGCAGCCAAUUUGAAGUGAAGGCUGGGGUGAUUUGCCUGCCUCUAGAGGAGUUACUCCUGUUCUGUAGAUACUUCCAAACCAUCCCUGUCAGAAAAGACUUAUAAAAAGACUUGUAAAAAAAAGCCCAAAUUAAUGGUGUUAAAUUUGCAAAUG